ACUGAGUGUGGAUCUUUUAGGAACGUCUAUUGCACGUACUACCGCGAGACCAACGAGAUCACUUGCGGAAUCGUCACCUGUGCUACUGAAGUGCCACCGAAUGCAGAUCUCGAAAAGGAAGGGCUUGACGUGAAGCUCCCUCGUGGAUGGUAUCGUAUCGGUGUGCAGACGAUUCGCAAUGAUCAUUCAUGGUUCCAUCUUUACCGUCGACGAGCCACGGGUAGUGGAUACUGGGAUUUCUAUACGAAUAUCCCUGAACGGAACUGCAUAGGGGGUUUCGGGCUCCACGCUGGAAAGAACAUGGCGGCCACGGUAACGGUGAAGGACCACAACUGCUUCUCAAAGCUGGCCGACCAGGUA